AAAAAGUCAAAAACAAAAUCUCGUUUUGUUUGUGUUUAUUUUGUGUUUUGUAUCAACAAAAAAAUAUAUAAUUUUUGUGUGAUUGAGCCGACUAACUGAAUAAAGAAUGAACUUGUUAUAAAGGCUAAUCUCUAAGUAUCCGUAUCAGUAAUUCUAUGAGCUAAGAAUUUAAAGUGUAAAUUCAAAGCCGCGAGAAAUAUAUUAAUGGAUAGAAGUUAUAAUUAAAUCAUUUACUACGUAUUUACCUGAUAAGUUAAUUUUAUAAUAUUUCCAUCAUUGGUAUCAACCAACUAAAGUAAAGUAAGGUUAACAUAACCUUAGUUACCGGUUCUGUAUUGAGUGAUAACUAAAAUCAUGGAUGUAGCAGAUACAUAUGCUACUCAGAGUCAAGUUAAGGAUGAAGUUGGAGUUCGUUGUCAGAAGUUGUUUCAAGAUUUCUUGGAAGAGUUCAAAGAGGACAAUGAAAUAAAAUAUGAAAAGCAAGCCAAAGAGCUUCUCAAACCUGAAUUAAGCACAUUAGAAAUAAGUUUUGACGAUGUAGAGAAAUAUAACCAGAAUCUCGCCACCACAAUCAUUGAGGAAUACUACAGAAUACAUCCGUUCCUGAACCAAGCCAUCUUGAACUAUGUGAUGAGCCUUGCAGAAACUGGUAUGAAAAAAGAGCUGCAAGACAAGGAAUGCUAUGUUUCAUUUGUGGAUGUGCCGACAAGGCACAAGGUUAGAGAGUUAACAACAGCUAAAAUAGGAACCCUGAUCAGAAUAUCAGGACAAAUUGUUCGGACCCAUCCCGUACAUCCUGAGCUUGUCAUGGGGACAUUUGUCUGCUUGGACUGCCAGACUGUGAUCAAAAAUGUUGAGCAACAAUUUAAGUACACAAUCCCAACGAUUUGCCGGAAUCCAGUGUGCGCCAACCGCAGGCGCUUCAUGCUAGAUGCAGACAAGUCGGUGUUUGUGGACUUUCAGAAGAUCCGCAUACAGGAAACCCAAGCAGAACUGCCCCGUGGGUGCAUUCCCAGGUCACUGGAGGUCAUACUUAGGGCUGAAGCUGUGGAGUCUGUGCAGGCAGGCGACAGAUAUGACUUCACGGGCACGCUCAUAGUAGUCCCUGAUGUAGGCUCCCUGUCUUUGCCCGGGGCUAAAGCGGAGCUCACCACCCGGACCCGCCAGGGUAAUGAGGGACAGAUGGAAGGCAUCAAGGGUCUCAAAGCCUUGGGCGUGAGAGAGCUGCAUUACAAGACAGCAUUCCUAGCAUGCAGCGUGCAGGCCACGUCGCGUCGCUUCGGCACCGCCGACCUGGCCACCGACGACCUCACCACCGAAGACAUGCGCAAGCAGAUGACUGACAAGGAGUGGGACAAGGUAUACGAAAUGUCCCGGGAUCGGAACUUGUACAACAAUCUGAUCGCGAGCCUGUUCCCCAGUAUCCAUGGCAACAACGAGGUCAAGAGAGGGAUACUGCUCAUGUUGUUUGGUGGCGUCGCCAAGACUACUGUUGAAGGUACAACCUUACGUGGCGACAUCAACGUGUGUAUAGUGGGCGACCCGAGUACCGCCAAGUCUCAGCUGCUGAAGCAAGUGAGCGAGAUCACUCCCCGCGCAGUGUACACCAGCGGCAAGGCGUCUUCUGCGGCCGGUCUCACUGCCGCUGUUGUCAAGGAUGAGGAAUCUUUCGACUUCGUAAUCGAGGCGGGCGCGUUGAUGUUAGCCGACAACGGCGUGUGCUGCAUCGACGAGUUCGACAAGAUGGACCCCGGGGACCAGGUCGCCAUACACGAGGCCAUGGAACAGCAGACCAUCUCGUUGGCUAAGGCUGGAGUUCGAGCGACCCUUAACGCGCGCACAUCGAUACUAGCCGCCGCAAACCCCGUAGGGGGUCGAUACGACCGCGCAAAAUCACUCCAACAGAACGUCACAUUGAGUGCCCCCAUCAUGUCAAGAUUCGAUCUAUUCUUCAUAUUAAUUGAUGAGAGCAGUGAAAUGGUAGACUACGCUAUUGCGAGGAAGAUCGUAGAUUUGCAUUGUAAUAAGGAGGAAACGUAUGAUUGUGUGUAUUCGAGGGAGGAUCUGCUGCGGUAUAUCGCCUUUGCGAGGUCUUUCAAGCCUCUUAUCACUGAGGAAGCGGGCAAGCUGCUAGUGGAGUACUACAGCUCGCUGCGCGCGCGGGGCGGGGGCGCCGGGGGCGGGGGGCCGGCGGGCGGCGCGUGGCGCAUCACCGUGCGCCAGCUGGAGUCCAUGGUGCGCCUGGCUGAGGCGCUCGCCAAGAUGCACUGCAGCGGACACGUCACGCCGCACCACGUCCACGAGGCGCACAGAUUACUCAACAAAUCAAUAAUCCGGGUGGAACAGCCGGAUAUACAUCUGGACGAGGAGGACCCGCAGUAUGAGCCUAGUAUGGACGUGGAUCAAGACACACCCAAUGGAACUAGCAGUGAGGAGCAAGUGAACGGCGAGCAGGCACCAAAGAAGAAGCUGACGCUGUCUUUCGAAGAGUACAAGUCUCUGAGCAACAUGCUCGUCGUCUUCAUGAGGAAAGAGGAAGCAGAGGCCGAGUCCAAAGGUGAAGAUAGUUCGGGGACACGCAAGAGUGCAGUGGUGAGCUGGUACCUGGAGCGACUGGUGGGGCAGGGCCACAUCGAGAGCGAGGACGAGCUGCUGGAGAGGAAGACCCUCGUCGAAAAGGUCAUCGACAGGCUCAUGUACCACGACCAAGUGAUAAUCCCACUACAGACCACUGGACUCAAGUCUACUCAAAAGUCGUCUGAACAAGAGAUAGAAGACGACCCCUUGCUGGUGGUUCAUCCCAAUUACGUGGUGGACGCGUAGACAUUACAAUUCAAUUAAGCUUUAAAAUUUAAAAUAAAUCAUUGAUUUUUAUACA